ACGUAUAUACACAGGAUUGGAAGCCUCCACUGACAGUCUCGCUCUGAUGUGGGUCGCGCUCAUUUGCCGCAACAGGGGUGUCUGCGCGCUGUGCAUCGUGGGUAAUUCGCUAACGCUGGACACCGGAAAGGAUAGCAUCAUAUGUGGGAUUAUGUCAGAUAAAUGCGGCAUUUAGAUAGCAUUUCAUGAAUCAAAGAUGCCUCAAACUCCUCGGCCUGUGUCCAAGAGAAAGGCAAUAGGCCGUAGAAAGAAAAGGCGGCACAGUUAUGAACAUUAUGAUGAAGAGAAGCAAGUUGAACAUGUUGCUGCAGACCACUCCUACUCAUUUCCUAUAAAAGACUGCAGUGAGAGUGCCGGAUGGGAAACUGCAUGGGAUAAUUUCUAUCUAAAAGACAGCAAUCCAUCACCUUCCACACCCCUUUACAGUGAAGUGACAGAUUCUGACAACUGUUCUGCCAAUGCGUUUUAUGUUGUUCUCCACAAAGUAUUCCAGUAUAAUGCUGAAGAUGAACUGGAUGUGGUUGUUUGCAGACUGUUGACUGAGAGGACAUAUGCAAGAUAUCUUUCCCUUAUGGAUGAAGUUAAGCAAGACCUAUCAGCCUUUGGACACUUACUGUUUUCUGGUGCCAAUAAACAUGGUUUGAGAUUUGUUCAACCAUAUGAUCAUGAACCUAGCCAGGCCAUGAGACUGAAUUUGAUCAUCAAUCAGUCAUUGAAACCAACUUUAUUUGUCCAUGGCAAGGAAGUAAAUACUAAUCAUGAUUUUUGGACUGGUCUUCCACAUAUAUAUCAUUCUGUGAAAGACAUCCAGAAGUUACAGUCCAAACUGGAGCGAUGGGACAUUUGCAUGGGAAACUUUGAGGCUCAGUAUGUAUCCAUGGUGCCCUCAGGUGUUGGAAUUUACAAGAGUUCAGGUUGUGUCUCUGCUGUUGCCUACCGGGAAGAUAUCCAUGCUAUCAGAGGUGACAUUCCAUACGAGUCAACAAUACGUUCAACUAAUUGCUGUCUACUGGUUCAAUCAAAGAGGAGGUGCAAACACUGUGAUCUGUACAGAAAUACUCUGCGGAAGAAGGAUUCACGUCAAAAAGGCCCACACUGUGUCAACAUUUUCUCUGAAGAAAACACCCCACAGUACUAUGAACAGAAUUCAUCUGGUUAA